AUGACAACGAGCUUAGCGGCAUCGUUGGGUUUUGUAGCCAAGGCAAUUGAGUCUCAUGGUUUUCCUAGUUGCUUGACACCCUUGGUUGUUGGGGUUAGUGGACCCCAAGGCUCGGGAAAGACUUAUUUGACUUGUCAAUUGACCAAUCAAUUACGUUGGAAUUACCCCGAGUUGAACAUUAUUCAAUUCCUGAUUGAUGAUUUUUAUCUAACACAAACAGACCAAGCCGUAUUGACAGAGAAGGCUAAGAAAGAAGGUAAUAAGUUAUUGCAGGGAAGAGGAUUACCGGGAACUCAUGAUUUGCCCUACUUGCUGCGGGUGCUUAUACAAUUGGUGGAAAAUUACAAGACUAGAUGGCUUCCAGUUCGCAUACCUUGCUAUGACAAGGCGGCUCACAAAGGUUUAGGCGAUAGACUGGCCGAGAAGUGCCAAUUGGUUGAAAAGCCAGCAGAUGUGAUUAUAUGUGAAGGAUGGUUUAACGGAUAUAUGUCACUAUCUCCAGACCAAACACGUCUUAGAUAUUUGACGUCUCCUGUAGACGGUUUACUACAAAAACACAAACUAUUUGAAAUACAAGAUAUUAAUGAGAAACUCAAAUCGUAUAUCCCCAUUUGGAAAAUGUUUGAGUAUUUCAUUAUUAUCCAUACAGAUACGAUUGAUAACGUUUACAAAUGGAGACUCGAACAGGAACAUACAUUGAUCAGUGAAAAGGGCGAGGGAAUGACCGAUCUACAAGUAAUAGAGUUUAUCGAUCGAUACAUGCCCUUAUAUAUCCUUUACUAUGACAAACUAUGCACCAAUGAUGAGAUUGCGUUAUAUGAUAGGCAGAUUAGAUUAUGGGGAAUGGCGACUCAAUUGCGUCUUCGCUCAACAAAGAUUCUUGUGGUGAAUUUAGGAGCAGUUGGUACAGAGUGUGUGAAGAAUUUGGUAUUAGGUGGCUUAAACUCAAUUGAAAUCUUGGACGAUACAGUGGUAAAAGAUGUCGAUUUUGCUUCUCAGUUCUUUUUACCAAAGGACGACUCCAUUAUAGGACAAUUGAAAUUACCACUUGUUGAAGAUAAUAUAAAACGGUUGAAUCCAAAAGUGAACUUGACAAUAAAUGUGUCUCUGGUCGAUGAGAGUAUAGUCAAUAAGGACUAUUUAAAACAGUUUGAUUUAAUUGUCGGUACCGACUUAUUAAAGCAACAGAUUGUCAAACUAAACAGCUCAACUAGAGAGUUAAAUUUACCUUUCUAUGUCAGUGGAAUGCACGGAAUGUUUGGAUACAUCUUUGCAGAUUUGAUAGAACACGUUGCAGUAGCAGAAUGGGGCGAAAGUUCAAUACCGCGCAAGGCCAAUAUAGAGUUAGCAAGAAAUAAGACAAUUAUUGAUGUAAAAAACAAUCCACAAAAAAAGGUUGAUUUAUUAACAAUUCAAGAUGUAUAUUCCCCAAUUGAGACUAUAUUCAAGUCAAAACAUGUAUCAAAAACACUUACAAAGAGACAAUCCAAAAAGUGCGGUCCAUUACCACUAAUCUUUGCCUUGUUUAAUAUACCAGCACCUUCAAAUCCGGAAGACACAAUUGAUAUUGAUCUCCUUAAACAUGAAGCUAUCGAAGCUUGCAAAGACUUGAACCUCGAACCAAGUUGCAUUACAGACGAGUAUCUUCAGCUAUUCAGCAGACAAGCAUACACGGAAUAUUCACCCACGGCCGCUAUAUUGAGUGGAACUCUUGCUCAGGAUAUCAUCCAGUUUCUCGGCAAGAAAGACAGUCCUAUAAAUAAUGUGUUGAUACUCGAUGGAACAACAUCAAGGAUGCCAAUAUACCAAAUGUAG